AUGUCAGAGAAUCCAGAGAAACCAAAAGACCACGCAGGGUCUAUUCCUAGUGACAGCUUCCCGGAGCACCUGGAGCAUAAGUCUGAAGUCCCCAGCCCACCUCCUGCGAACAAGUAUGGGGACCCUCGACAUGCAGAGCCUAAAUUUUCCUAUUUCGACGGACAGUUUAUUGGCAUCUUCUUUGUCGAUCUCCUGCCCAUGACCUGGGCAUGGCCCACUAUCCUCUUUGCACAGACGAUCAGCACUGUUCUAUUUUGUCGAAUGUCAGAUCUUAUCGGUCGUCGUUACAUUUUCUUAUUUGGAAAUCUGGUUGCCUUUGUCGGCUUCCUUGCUACUGGUCGGGUAAAAGAGCCUGCCACUCCCACAGGACUGAGCGCUUUGAUUGGCAUUGGUCCUGGUAUCCAGAUUCUGGCUUCCUUUCUGAAUUUGACAGAGCUUGUUCCUAUCAGGCAUCGCUUUGUAGUGUCAGGAGCCUGUAUGAGUUGUUUCGCACCACUGCUUGCCAUGAGACCCGCAAUUGCUGAGGCAUUCUACAAGAAUACUGGCGAUACAUGGCGCUGGUGCUACUCCUUUAAUGCGAUCCUCUCUUUUGUCGCUCUUGUUUUAGCGGUACUCUUUUACUUCUCACCGACUUUCGAUCAGCUACAUGAGGGCCUACCAGUGAUUGAUGAGCCCAAAAAGAAGAAUUGGGUGGGUCUAGUUGCGCUCACAGCAUUCAUCUCGAUCUUGCAAUUUGUUCUCAUGUGGGGCAUCAUAAUCUACCGCUUUCUUACCCUAUCUAUCUCUGCUAAAAUGAACCAUGCUGACUAGGUGCGGCCUGGAGCUCCGCUCAAACAAUUGCCGUGACCACUAUCGGUGGUGCUGGACUAGUCCGUUUUGUUGGAUGGGAAUACUAUCUGGGAAGUGACCAUGCUGCCUUCCCAGUAUAUUUCCUUCGAAGUUGGACAACUCUUUCCCAGGGAGUUAUUGCUGCCUUUACUUCCUUUAUUGUAUGGUUCUAUUCUCUCGCCACCAAUGUACAAAACAUCACCAUCUACUAUCAGUAUGGAAUGAA